AUGAAAGUUGGAGAGAAACGCUGUAUCACGCUCUCUUCACCAGUGGGCAGGACCGAGCACUACAAAAAGUGCUUUACGGAGUUUGAGUACCAUGUUGAUACGGACAGCGAGCUCUCUUCGUUGCUCGAGCCGGGCAAGACGUACAGUAUCAAGCUUGCUAGCAAAGAUCUGGGUGUUAAAUGGUACACUUAUAUCGACGACCCGUCACUCCCACUAGACGAGAAGCUGCUAUCACAACCGUCCGAAACACCAAGAUUGGUCAAUAGCAAACCUUCAGCUGGAAACGCUGCCUUCAAAGUGGUAGAGUCUCUGCCUUGGCCACUAGAAAUAUCUACACGUUUAUGCUUCAAGCCAGCGACUGAGACCACACCGAGCUGCCUCAAGAUCUGCAUCACAAAUCUAGGGUCACAAUCUCUAAGCAUACAAGCCUCUGAUCAGCAACGAUUUCUGGGACCUCGAGACUUCUUCGGUCGCGAAAUCAUACAAGAACGUUCGCACCGCGCUCUCGAAAUGGAGCAUCCGCGCUUGUCUUUCGCAUUCUCGGUCACAAAAUCUGGCACUAAAGAGGCUGCUCCACGUAAGGCGAUGCGUGCGGGUUGCAGAGGACUUACAUCAGGGAAUGUAGAUCUGCGUCCUAGGUUCAAAGAUCUUCUGACCUUGGAACCCGGUCAACCGUUACUCAGACGCAUCGAUAUUGGUGCUUUGAUCAGUGGACUGGACGACGGAUUCUACACAAUAAGACUGAGAGAAGAAUCUAUGUGGUGGUGCAUGGGCGGCAAAGAAGAUAUCUGCGAUAUGAAUGAUGAAGGCGGGCGUGUUAGAAAAGAGUCGUUUAACAGAGAUGUACCACCUUUGGUGUUGAACUCUGCAGAUACUGUUGAAGUGGAAGUGGCAAAUGGGCAAUUAGUUUGA